CAACGUUAAAAUGGUGUAAAAAGUGAAUUGAAAAAAUUGCUUCAAAAUGAAUAAUAAAUUACGAAGACAACGUAGCAAAAACUUUACGGAACACGAAGAAGGGGUACUUGUAAAGCUCGUUAAGGCAAACCAAUUGGUUAUUGAAAACAAAAAGUCGGGGGCCGUGAUAUGGAAACAAAAAGAAGAGACUUGGGAAAAAAUAGCUUUAGAUUACACCAGGAAAACAGGAAUGAAACGCACGGCUCACGCACUAAAAGCUAAAUACGAAGGUCUAAAGAAAAAACUUAAGAGUGAGCUUGCAGGGGACAAAACAAAUUCAUUCCGGACAGUUGACGAGCCGAAAGCGAACACCAAUGUUUCUAAUGCUUCGGAGCAGGUCAAUGAGAUUGAUGAAUCGGCCACAGAACUUAGAAACAUAGUAGACAGCGAUGAAAUUUCCAGUGAUGUCGACCGGUUUCAGCUUGCAAACUCUGUAUUUGAAAGCAGUAAAGUCGACCUUCCUGAACCUCAUUCCGAAAUAAACGAAGGGACUCCUGGUUCUCACAUUCACAGCGAAAAACAGGGUGUGUUGCUGGCACAUCAAGCCUUUUAUGAGCAGGAAAAUGUAAGGGCACAAGAGAAACACCAGGCAGAAAUGGAAUUGCUUAGACUAAAGCGGGAGAAGGAGGUCAAGGCAAUUCAGCUACUGGAUCUACAAAUUGCUGAGAAAAGACGGUGUAUUAAAGCAACCUGAAAGUCUUUCAUUAAAGCACAACUAGAGCUUUUCACGCAAAACGGAAGCGACAACGGCAACGCCCCAAACAAAUCAAGCAAAAGAUCCAAAUAAAAUCUAACUUGAAAUCGGAAACAAUAAAAAACCAAAGAAAAAAAACCAAAUUUCUCAGCUGUCAGGUAAAUGAAAGUAAAUUGACUUAAGACGCCCAAAAAAAAGAAAAUAAAAUCGAAAUGCUAACAAGCCGGCUGAAGUUGACUUGGCUAUCAAAAUUCUGAAGAUCGUUAAGAGAAAAUAGAAAGUAAAAAGAACGCAGCAGCAGUGCAGGCCAAGUAACAAGUAAAAAUCGGGUCAAACUAAUGAAGACACAGAUAAAGGCGCAUAAUCGAAAAAAGAAAAUAAAGACCUCCCGAAUCAUGUAAAUUGUGCUGAGUUUGGUUUAGAAGCUGUCGAUAAUCUCUUUUCUUGUUGUGCCAACAUUUAGGGCUCUAACCAAAAACCGAAACCGAACCCACAACACAACAAAUGACACAAGGUGCACAUGUGGUUGGUGCGACCAGGUGAAAGAGAUUUGUGUAUUUGGGUUAGGAACGGAGCGAGAGAGCUGCUUCUAAAUAAAUAAAUAAUAAACUCAAUAGAUGAUGACACAAAA